GCUCCGCGCCGGGCACCGGCACCGCUGCCCCCGCUCCCCUCCCGCCGCCGCUCCGCGCUCGCUGCCAGGGAGGGAUGGGGCGGGCAGGGGGAGGACUCGCCGGGGGUCAGGACGGGUCUUUGCAUCCCCCCCGAGCCCCCCGGCAGCCCCUCUGCUCCCCGCUGCAUGCCCCCGCCGCUCCUUCCUCCCGCAGCACAGGGACGCGCUUGACAGGGCUGCUCGCUGCCUCGGUGCGUGCUUGAGAUAGAGGCUUGGAGAGGCUUUCCCCCUUUGCUUGGAGAGCCCCCCCCAGCCCCUGCUCUGAGCCCCCUAUCCCCUGCCCCAAGCUCCCCAUCCCCUUCCUCGAGGCCCCUUCCCCUGCUCGAAGCCCCAUCCCCUUCCCCGAGCCCCCUACUCUGAGCCCCCAUCCCCUUGUUCAAGCCCCCCAUUCCCUUUCCUUAAGCCUCCAUUCCCUGCCCAAAACCCCCAUCCCCUGCCCUAAGCCUGCUUCCCUGAGCCUGCCAUUCCCUCCCCGGAGCCCCCUUCCCCAUAUCCCCUCAUCCCCUGCCCCGAGCUCCGCAUCCACCAUGAUUUUGCUGAGCUGCUUCCUGCACCUGCGGCCCCGGCACUGCGGCCCCUGGGCCGGGCUGGGCAGGGGGCUCGGCCCCGCAGCGGGGUCCCGCAGGGCUCUGCGGGUGCUGGUGGACAUGGACGGGGUGCUGGCCGACUUCGAGGGAGGCUUCCUCAAGAAAUUCAGGGCCAGGUACCCUGACAAGCCCUACAUUGCCCUGGAGGACCGGAGGGGCUUCUGGGUGUCGGAGCAGUACGGGCGCCUGGGACCCGAGCUGAGUGAGAAAGCCAUCAGCAUCUGGGAAUCCAAGAACUUCUUCAUCGAGCUGGACCCUCUCCCUGGGGCUGUGGAAGCUGUGAAGCAAAUGGCAAAUUUGGCAGACACCGAUGUGUUCAUCUGCACGAGCCCGAUCAAGAAGUACCGGUACUGCCCUUACGAGAAGUAUGCCUGGGUGGAGAAGCACUUUGGCCCCGAAUUUCUUGAGCAGAUUGUUUUGACACGAGAUAAGACGGUGGUUUCUGCUGAUCUGCUUAUAGACGACAGACCUGAUAUAACAGGGGCAGAGCAGAACCCCACCUGGGAGCACGUGCUCUUCACUGCCUGCCACAACAAACACCUGCAGCUGAAGCCCCCCAGCCGCCGGCUGCACUCCUGGGCUGACGACUGGAGAGCCAUUCUGGACAGCAAACGCCUCCCGCCCGGCCAGGCCACCUAAACACCGGCCCCCACGGCCACCUGGGGCUGCAGCCACCUGCCUGUGUCCCUGUGGAGUCCUGCUGAAGGCCAGAACCACGCAUGGACAGACAGACAGACGCUGGCCCUGCUGCAGAGAGGAAGAGGAGGGUGAGCUGAAGCGCCACAGUCGCCUGGACUUGAGAAACAGAGCCCAACCCAGCCCUGCCACGAGGGAGCAACGGCAGGAUUGUGCCUGUGGACCUGACAGCCUGGCUGGGGGGCAUUUCCCACUGCCUGCUGGGGUCUCUGUGCUGCAUCUGCACCCUCACAGGGCCAGCCCAGCGUUUCUGAUGGACAAGGUCACCCUCAGCGUGUCACUGCCCUUGCCUGGUGCACAGCAUGGCACAGACCAGCUCUCCCUCCUCCCCUCCACGUUAUGGUCAGGGAUCUUGCCUGUGGUUCGUUUAGUCCUUGCAGGGUUUCAUUCCCAAGGAGCUGCCUCAGGGGGUGUUUCCCACUGGCAGUGCCUGGAUCUGGGGAGAGGGGUGGCUGGAAGGGCAGGGAGAGCAGGCAGCUGUUGGUUGUGUUGGUGGAGGAUUGUCACGAGCACAUCCACGGAUGUUGUUUGCAGUUCUCACACGCUGCAAGGGAAGAUGUUGGGGGGGACGUUGCUGUUAAAGGCUGGGGAGCUGUGCUGGUUUCAGGGUGGAGUUAAUUUCCUUCACAGAAAAUACAGCCCCAUACGAGCCACUGUGAAAAAAAUUAACUCUACCUUGGCCAAAACCAGCACGGGAGCCCGUUGAGAGGUGCCCACGAGCUGUAUCACAGGGCAGUUUGUUCUGCAGCUCCACCAGGCUCCCAGCUCUGGAUGUCUGGGGACAGAGCGUGCUGCCAGUGCCACUCCCCUGGUCCUGGGCCCCUGCAGAGAGGUGUUCAGUGCCUGGCUGGUGCAGAGGGGUCACGGCACACGCUGCUGUACCAGCCACCUCUGCCAGGGCACAGUGCAGGGGCUGCUGAGCUCUGGGAGCAGCAGCGCUGCUGGGAAGCUGCAGUUGGCCACCAAAAAGGGAGGGUUUAGACCAAGGGGCAGCUCCAAGAGGGAUGUUUCUGGCAUAGCUGCGCCCGCAGCCUCUUCCUCCCUUGUUUGUCUCAUUUUUGCUUUGCUGAGCCCACACCAGUCCAGCCUUGAACUUGAGCGACCUGUCUGGCACGAGAAAGCAGCUGCUGCUCCUGGCCUCAGAGACACUGCUGGGAGAGCCUGGCAUCCCCUCCCUGCCCGUGGCACUGGCACAGGGCAGCCACAGCCAGCUGGUGCUGGCCCACCCCGGGCAAAGCCCCAGGGAUGAGCUGGGUGUGUCACUGCUGACACCACAGAGGCCAUCAGACCCCACUGCUGUGUGUCCCCACGCUGUCCAGGAUCCCCCUGCCCUCCUGGCCCAAGGACUUGCUGGCUGCAGCAGUAAAAUCCCCCACUUGGACACGUAACCCCACAGGCAGGGGUGGUAGCCAGGGCUUGGCCGGGGUUUGCCACCCUGGGCUCCGUGCUCACACCUUUGGUUUGCCUCUCCCCUCUCCUGUGGGCCCCCAGCAACGAAAGUACAUGAACUUAAAGCUACACAACCAACAAAUAAUGUAAUUCAGCAGUGGCAGCCAGACCCCUCCCAUUAUCCAGGACCUGGAGGGGUUCUGGAGUUGGUGCUUUGGAACCUGUGCCUUCCCUGGGUGCUGCAGGGCCAGGGAUGGGGCCUGUGCUGACUUGGGGCUUGCCCCGUUUCUUGGCAUGGGGAGAGUUUACUAAGUCUCCAUGGUUGGCCCAGGGCAGUGGGACUUACAUACCACAAGCAUCUUUUUUUCUUUCUUUUUUUCUUUCUUUUUUUCUUUCUUUUUUUUUUUCUUUUUUUCUUUCUUUUUUUCUUUCUUUUUUUCUUUCUUCCUUUUUUUCUUUUCAUUUUUCUUUCCUGUUUAAACCACUGUGCGUGUUUCUGGGUGAUGGGUUUGGUUUGGAGGGGUCUAUUUGGGACGUGCAGCUGCCUGAGGUGCAGCCUCCCGGCCAAGAGCUGCUUUGGAGGGUUUGCAGGCUGGGAACUGGGAACACCACGGGCAGCAGCUGCAGCUGCUGAACAUCAGGAGCCCCUUGGCUCCACCAGACCUCCACUGGCUGUUGGCCCCUCUGUGCAGCCACGGUGACUUCAUGGGGUCCAAGCCGUCUUUUUUCCUAAUGGUACCAUGUAAAUAUGAGCUGCCUGAGCUCCCCAGAGCCUUCUCCCUGCUCACUGAGCCAAAAGAAGCUGGCACAUUGCCCCAGCAGCUGCCCAAACCUGUCAUCUUCCCCCGAGGCUGGGGCAGCCCCGAGGGACGUGGCUCUCUGGGGCCAGCAGGACUUUUCCCCAUGGUGAGCUGUGAUGCCAGAGAGACCACGUGGGUUCGCACCAAAUAUACUUGAAAGCAGAGCUGGAGUUUCUCAUGCCUGAGGCUCCAUCUCCAUGCACAGAGAUCCUGAGCUGGAAGCUGGACUGUUUGCUCCCACACUCAGGACUGGGAAGGUGACUCCACCGCCGGCAGAUCCGCCCCUUCGUCGUUCAAGCCUGUCUGUGUCCAGCUGAGAUGCACAGAGCUUUGAUUUUUGAAUGUACAUCUAUAAACCCGAGGCAGAUGAGGAGCACCGCAAUAAACACCGGGUUGUUCGGCAUCCAGCUGCCUAGAAAUGGAGUUUGGGGUUUGCAGUUUCCCAGCUGUGGCUCUGUGUGGGGAUAGGGGGAGGUUUCACCUCCAGGUUUGGGAAUGUCCCCUUGUCCAGAAAACCUGGACCCAAUCCUGCUGCCCUGGCAGUGCCAUCACCCUGGUAGACACAGUCCCUGAGGGCAGAAAUAAAGCCAAGGGGUGGUUUUGGGUAGACUUCAUCUUCCUAAAGAGGGAAUAUUCCCUUCCUUUUAUAAUAAAUAAAGCUGUGAA